GCGCUAAAGAGCAGGAUCGUGGAAAGGAGGAGGCGCCACCGCCGCUCCGCUGCAGGUCUCCUCGGUGAGCUAACUAAAGUCCAUCAACAAGCUAGUUAGCGGUGCGUCGCGGUGGACAUUAUCAAACGUUCAUAAACACUAGAAUAGGAUGGAGCAUUUACUUUAGGAUCCUGACGCGCCUGGAGAGUUGUUCCAAAUCCGCGAACCCUUUCGGGUGGAAGUAAUUAGCUUCUUCAUUCAUGCAGUCGGGGAUGCACGGGGGAGUUUGAGCUCUGAGUGGCGGGCGAGCACAGCCAUCAGCUCACGGGGACAACACGGCUCAGUCACCGAGUAGCGCCAUGGUGGUUCCGGAUAGUGCCGGUGUGGUCUCUCCUCCCGACAAUGGGGGUCCAGCACAGAGCGCUGAGGCCGGGGACAGGGGCCAAGACCUGGCGGGGGUGGAGCUGGAAGAGGUGCGAAAGCUGCAAGAACUUGUCCGCAGGCUGGAGAUCCAGAACGAGAGCCUGCGGAACAGAGGAGGAGGCAAGACCAGAGGCUCCAACAGCAACCUGAACGCUGCUCCCGUCAACAUCAACGACAGGCUGGCCUGUGAGGAGCUGACCAACUCCCAUCUCAGGUUGGAGGAGCACAGCAGCACAGACUUGGAGCUGUCGCCGCCUCAGGACUGCUGCAGCAGCAGCAGCAGUGGGGAAGAGAUGUCCCCUUUGCCUGCAGCCAGCAGACUGGGGGAAGAAGAGGAGGAUGAGGAAGAAGAUCCAGCUCUGUGUGGAGAUUUUCUAACUCUCACCUGCAGCAAUGGAGGGGGCCAAAUCCAGACACCUGAGAGCCCCUCUCAGGCUAGUAAUGAAUCAGAGACGCUUGCAGAGAGUGACUCAGGAGUGGACCAAAGUGCGCUGGAUGAAGUGGAUGUCCUAGAUUUGGAGGAUGGAUGCGCAGAUGCAGAGGAUGACGACAGUUGGUUGUACGUGUCUCCUAAAAAGCAAAUAGCUGAUCCGGGGCCCGACUCGCCACUGAAGUGGUGUCGCCAGGCUCUUGAUCAUCGCAGUCCAGAGACCGAAAUGGCCUGUAAGACGCUGAUCAACCGCUUGGACCAGACGUCCCGAUGGAGGAACAUGUACAGCAGCCCGUCAGAGGCUGGCUCCACCAGUUCCGGCCUGAUCUCACCUGGGUACCACAAAUCAACUAACAAAUCCCUACUAACCUGUGGCAGCGCAGGUGCCACUAGCAUGCACUCAGCUCUGAGCUCUCAGUCAUCCAUAGACAGUGAACUCAGCACAUCAGAUGACUCCAUUUCUAUGGGUUAUAAGCUGCAGGACCUCACUGAUGUCCAGAUCAUGGCCCGUCUGCAGGAGGAGAGUUUAAGGCAGGAUUGUGCUUCAGGCUCAGCAUCUGCAUCACGCCGCAGCUCCACCACCUCCCAGCAGUCGCUUCGCCGCGGUGGAACUUUCAGCGAUCAGGAAUUCGACACUUACAGCCUGGAAGACGACGAGGACGGGUUCUGCUCCGCCCCCCAGCAGCGGCAUCGUUACACUCCGUCACCUUUAGGUUCACCGCGUUGCCUUUCCCCCUCAACCUCCAACCACGGUCAAGAAUACAGCAGCCGACUUGGAGCGCCACGUUCAAGGACGCCCAGGCGGUCCCUCCAGGGUCCCAGCGCAGAGCUGCUGAAGUUUGCAAAAAGCGAGGAGGAACUGAGACACAGCAUGCCUAACCUGGCUCCCCGCACCAGCCUACGCUCCCUGGAGGCAGUCAGAAACAGCCGCAGCAUGGAGGCUAACCUCCAGAGCUCUGGCAACCGCAUGUCUCACCUGUCCCACUCCCCUUCCAAAGCUCAGGGUGCGGCCUGCAGUCGUCUGCGUGGCAACGGACAGUCACCUCUGUCCCUGCGGGCUCCGGUUAAAGCCGUCACUCCGGUGGGAUCCGGGACUGCUGGUCGUCAACCUUCUAGAGGUCUACCGGUUAUACAGGCUCCACUUUCAGGAGGCCGCGGGCUACAGGCGCCAGGAUCCGCUAACGGAGGAAGCUACGCAGCCGGGAGGGCUUCGACUGGGUCAGCGCGGGCUGCGGUGGGGCGAGGUCAGGGUCCAGCCUCUACAAGAAGUAAAUUGUCCCAGCCUUCCAGGAGGUCUUUAGGCAUAACUAAAAUCUCGGAUGAAUCGUGGAAAGAUGGCUGUUACUGAUUCCUUCCUGUAAUGAAAGACUGCUGCAACUCCUACCUGACUUCUCAAUGAAAACAACCCAGCUCUGUGUCUUUAGACUCGUCGCACAUUUCAGACUGGAGCCCUGUGCCGCACUGGAUUUGUAGUUAAUCUCUUUCCCUUGCAUGAAACAUUGUCAACCCACAUGCACAGAGGCUAUGUAGGUGGGCUUGAUGGCACACAGGGAACGCUAUUUGUUGUAUGGACCAACCCUGAGCUUCCAGAUCAUUUCCUUGGAUCGAUUUGUUUUUAUGGUAAUUGUGAGAAAUAGCUGGAAAAUUUGAGUUUGUAUUGCUGCACUGUCGAUGUAUGACUAUGAAAACAAUUUUAAUGAAGAUAUUGCUGGUUUGUUUUGUGCAAAUUACUACUUGACAAAAGGGGGUGAAGUGUUGCAUGCUGGGUUUUGUUGUUUUUCGUAAAAGGCAUUUCUGACUUUUUCCAUGUUCCGUAUGUCUUAAUUUGAUGUGCUGAGUGGUUCAUUGUGAAAGUUUUAGAUGUUUUUUGCUUACACAGCAGAACAAUCCUAGUAAACCACACUGCCCUUGUGAAUUCUAUUGAAGGAUUAAAAAAAAUGGUUGUGCCAAGGUGCAUUACAGCUGCAACUCUUUAAUUCUAUGGCUAAUCUUGAAGAAUUAAAGGUACUCAGUCAUUUCAAUAUCCAUGAAUCUUGGUGGAUUACUUGACUUAAAAAAUAAAUAAAUAAAAAUCAUUGUAAAUAAUAGGGUUAUGCACAAAGGCCUUAUGCCUAACUCAGCUAUGCACCUUUAUGAAGAGUGCCUCAAAAUUAGAAGCUGUAAAAAUGAAAAAUAAUAAAGUCUACCUUGAAUCUA